UCAACUUUCACUAGCCUAAGAACGUUUUCUCUUUGUUAUAAUGAUGAAAUGAUGACAGUGACAACGAGAAGACAACACAACACACCAACUUUUAGUAAAUAACACAUAAAAAAGUGACAAAUUACAGACAUUUAAUUAGCUAUUAUUUAAUUAAUUACUGUGAGAGCUAUAACUAAGCAUACAAAUAAUGUUGCAAUCAAAAAGUUAUUCAAUUACAAAUGAAGACAUUCAAAAAGAAAGGGAGAAAUGUACCUUUGAUACAAUGGAGCUGACACACUUUUUGGAUGGUGGACCUGAAAAAACAAAAGAGAGGAAAGAAUUGGAGGAAUUCUUCUUAAAUGAUCCUGAACUAAAGGACAAGGUUCCAGCUGAGUAUUUAAGCCAUAAAGAGAAAUAUCAAGAAGCUGUCCGUAAGUCCUGCAUUUUAUUCAAGAAAAUCAAUGAGUGGCAAAACAGGAGUAAUUCAGGAGGUGGGGUGGGCAUGUACGAGUCUGUAUUGGGUGGUACUAUUGGGAGUGCUAUAGUGAAGGAGGGAAUACCAUUUACCCUCCACUUUGUCAUGUUCGUACCCACGCUGAUGGGUCAAGCCACUAUCGAGCAACAGGCCUAUUGGAUUGGCAGAGCUUGGAACUGUGAGAUCAUGGGUACUUACGCUCAGACGGAACUUGGCCAUGGAACUUUUAUCAGAGGCCUAGAAACAACAGCUCAUUAUGACCCCAAGACUGAGGAGUUUGUGUUGAACAGUCCAACACUGACCUCUUACAAGUGGUGGCCUGGAGGGUUGGGGCAGACUGCCAAUUACGCGAUCGUGGUGGCACAACUCUACACGCAGGGCGUGUGUCAUGGCAUCCAUCCGUUCAUAGUCCAGCUUAGAGAUGAGGAAACACAUAUGCCACUUCCAGGUAUCAAAAUUGGAGAAAUUGGUGCUAAAUUAGGAAUGAAUUCGGUGAACAACGGAUACCUUGGAUUUGAGAAUGUACGGAUCCCUCGACUCAACAUGCUUAUGAAAAAUGCUAAAGUGCUGCAGGACGGUACAUACAUCAAGUCUCCGAGUUCUAAACUCACAUAUGGCACCAUGAUAUUUGUCCGAGUGGCACUAGUCAAAGGAGUAGCGGGCAGUUUUCUCGCCAAGGCUGUCACAAUAGCCACAAGAUAUAGUGCUGUACGGAGACAAUCUGAGAUGAAACCAGGAGAGAAAGAGCCCCAGAUUAUAGACUACCGUACCCAACAGUACAAGCUGUUCCCGUCCAUAGCGACCAGCCUGGCCAUGCUGUUCUCUGCCAACUGGUUAUGGGAUAUGUACAACAAUGUGACCAGUGAAUUGGAGCAGGGAGACUUGGAGCGUUUGCCAGAGCUACAUGCGAUGGCUUGCUGCCUGAAGGCGGUGUGUACAAGUGAUGCAGCCGAGGCUAUUGAAGUGUGUCGACGAGCCUGUGGCGGCCACGGCUACAUGACCUGCAGCAAUUUCCCAACAACGUAUGGCUUUGUCACAGCAGCAGAAACCUAUGAGGGCGAGAACACUGUUCUGUUACUGCAGACGGCAAGGUACCUGGUGAAAGCGUGGCAUCAAGUUGGGAGUGGAGAGAUGAUGCCGCCUACUGUCAAGUAUUUGCUCAAAAAACCGACUACAAAGGCGUGGCAGAACAACAUCCUCUGUUUCAUCAAAGCUUAUCAACAAGUAGCUGCAGGCCAUGUUGCGUGCUGUGCGAGUGCUCUGGAGAAAAAGACAAGGCAGGGUAUUGCCCCCGAAGUUGCGUGGAAUGAGACUUCAGUUCAACUGGUUCAGUGCGCUGUGGCUCACUGUAGGUCGUUCAUAGUGCAGACAUUUGUGGAGACCCUGGCCGCAGCCAAGGCUACGAUGUCUCCCGCACUACACCUGGUACUGUCUCAGCUCUGUCAGCUCUACACUGUCUACUGGAUGCUCCGGGAUAUUGGACACUUCCUCAUGUACUCAGCCCUGAAGCCCAGCGAUGUACAAGGGUUACAACUGUUACAAGACUCACUUCUCAGAGCGAUACGACCCAAUGCAGUAAGUAUCGUUGACAGUUUUGACAUUAACGAUGACAUCAUAGCCUCUCCCCUGGGUGCCUACGAUGGAAAUGUUUAUCAACGACUCUUCGAUGAAGCCAAUAAAAGCCCCCUAAAUGAAAAUCCUGUUGAUGAGUCAUUUGAAAAGUAUUUAAAACCUUUCCUCAAAUCAAAUCUGUAAUGGGUACAGUUUUUAAAGCUAACUUUAAAUUUAAUUUUCCAGGCCUGUAGUCGAGCAUCAUCUUUUAAUGCUCUUCACUUAGAUUGAAUAUUAACAUAAGUUCAAUCGUUUACAAUCUUGAAAGCAUUUAAAACCUCAAAGUUGGUUGUAUAUUUAGAUAGUCUUGUUAUUACAAUAUUGUUAUCCUUUUUACUAAGUUAGUAUUUUCAUUCAUCUUACAUAUAAUACAUCUCGUUUUAUGUUUUAUUAUUCUGUGAUGUGCAAGCAGCAAUAUAAAAAUCUUUGUUACAUAUACUUUGUUGCUAUAUUACAUUCUUCAUUAAUAAUGAACAACUAUUGUUUGGUAAAACAUGGAUUAACCAUCAUUGCCAGGACUAAGAUCGUGAUGGUAGAGUGAAUGUACAGACAAUACAAAUACCUAAUACUUUUAGUAAAUAAAUUGUACCUACUAUAUUAACCUUGCAUUAGAUAUGCAUGACUUCUUAUUCCAUGCACUGGGAAAUGCUUAUGCUACAAUUUUAAGAGCUGUACAUCUGAUACAUUGCAGUUAAAGUGUCAAUAUCAGCCUAAACUUUGGUACAUGGUUUGAUUAUUGUCAUUGUGUUGCACCCUUAAGUUAAUUUUUAUUUUAUCCACCAUUGAACAAAGUUUUACUGUACAAUGUUAAAUUACUUUAAAAUAUAUAAUAUUCACACUUAGAAUAUUAAAAAGACCAGAGCAUGUUUUGACAGUACUGUACACUUGUUCAAUCCACUUUGAAAAAUCUUUAUUUCACUAAAUUGUGUAGUAAAGUAAGUAUACUUUAUUCUAUUAAAUUUCUAAAAUUAAGACUUAAUACUUAGAUUUUCUAAGUUGAACAAUUUUACUAUGAAAUAUUCUUUUAUUGAAUAUAAUAGUAUGAAUAUUAAGUACACAAGAGUUUAAAAUAAUUGGAAUUUAAUAAUAACUAUAUAAGAGCCCAUAAAGAUUCCUACAGCUAUUUCCAUGGAUUAAAUUGAAUUUAUAAAUAAGUAGUUCUCUCGUCAAUUCCAACUAUUAUUAGAGAUCAUAUUUGAACCCAUAUUGCCCUUAUUCAAUAGAUUACUAUUUUCAAAAUAAUAUAUUUAAAUACUGCAUAUUAAUCUUAAAACUCUUAAAAUCAAAUAUUAAAUGUUAUAAUAAUAAUAUGAUAAUGGUGUGUGUAGAAUUGUCAAUUUGAUAAAACAGAAAAUGUUCAAAAUCAAUAAAUUAGGAUUAGAAUUAUAAUUAUUUGUAGAGAAGAAGAGGCUCAGAUAUGUGGCAGGGCUUAUGUUACUGGUAGUUUAUCAAAUGUGGACCAAGACAAGUGACUGUUUAUUCAGCACUAUGCAGCAAUGCUGUGAUAUUAAACCCAGGUGCUAAUAAUUAAUUUUUAUUGGAUAAUUACAAAGCUCAAAAUGCACACAAUUGGCAAAUUGUGUGUAAUAUAAAGUACUUUGAUUUUUGUUAUUUAUAAACAUAUUUUUAUGUGGAUUUCAAAUUAAAUUUGAAAAAAGUUAACAUGAUUAUAUUUAAAGUACCUUUCAUUAAAUCAGCUUAGGCAAAUAGGCCACCAUCAUAGGUUAAGGAGGGCUGUACGCGUAAAAGAUUGAAAAUUUAAAUAUGCAUUUGUUAGCAAUUUCAAUUAAAAUAAAAUUACUCAUUAAUAAUUUAUAUCACCAUUAGUAAUUGUUUCUUCACAGUAGGGUUUAAAAUACAUUUUACAAAACUAAGUAGGUUAUGUACUGCAAGCUGUAUGUAGUUAUGGAAAAAUUUCUUAUGCUUUCAUUAAGGCUUAUAACAUGGAAAUCAAUAUGGUUACACCUAAAUGUGUAAAUUUUAAUACAGUAAUUAUUUAUGAACAGUUUAGAUGCAUUAUUUUAGAAAUGUUAAUUAUGUUAUUGUAGGGUACUAUUUAAUUUAUAUGUUACGACUGAUUAAUACUUCCAUUAUUUUAUAUUUUAAAUGUACUCAGAAAUCAGUUGACAUUGUAGGUGGUAGGUGAUUGUAUGUUGUAUUUAUAGCGGUCAUAUACUCAACUAGUUUUUAUUAUGUUGAAUUUACCUCAUAUAUGUAUUUCUUGUUGAAUGUUUCGUAUAUUUUAUAAAAUAAACACUAUUUUCAUAUUGA